AUGGAACUUAUUGAGAUUGACCCACUAACGCGAAAGGCGAGAGGGGCAUUGAUUCCAGCUCCUCAAAUUGCUGAAUCCAGAAGCGGCAGUGACAGCAUUACACCGAUUGGUGGGCUGGGUAUUUUCGCAUCCCGGGAGCUCCUUUCUCCAUUCAUCCCAAAAGCUGACCCAGAGCAUCCACUUUCUCGGACAUUUGGUGUUUGGCACGCAAAACUCAAUGUCCUACUGCUUCAGGCAUGCAUCGUUAGCAGUUUGGUACUCAUUCUGAAUAUCGCUGGAACCAUCUUGAUGAAUGUAAAUUCUGGAAACUCCCAAAUAUUUCAUGGGGACUGCCGAAUCUCAGCCAAAAUUAGCUCCGGUCUUCACGUUUUGAUCAACAUCCUGUCUACUCUGCUCCUGAACGCAUCGAACUUCAGCAUGCAGCUCCUCGCAGCACCAAGUCGUGCAGAAGUUGAUGCCGCUCAUCAAACUCAGAACUGGUUGGAUAUUGGGGUACCAAGUCUUCGAAACCUCAAGCAUAUUGCCAAAUGUCGGCGGCUUCUAUGGUGGACUCUCGUUGUUUUCUCUACGCCGUUACAUUUUCUGUAA